CCCCUGCGCCAAACCCGUGUAAUAUACCAUCGUGCUCUUCAUAUGGCCACCGAAGUCCCACCGACGAUCAAUGUCCCGGAAGGUUUCCGUUUGCACACCGAGAACACUUCCCACAUACUCCUGCCAAAUACCAAAGAAGCUUUCUUGAACCCAGUACAAGAAUUCAACCGUGACCUCAGCGUCGCUAGUAUACGGGUAUGGAGCGAGGAGAUGAACAGGUUGAAGGAGCAGAAGUGGAGGCAAGCACAGGAGAAGAGAGCGCAGAAGGAUGCAAGCAGGAAGAGAGCUAAAUUGGACGAUGGCAAACCACUAGAACGUCCUGCAGGGGAGCCUCCUGCUUCCGCUGAACCUAUGAAGGUUGAACCAGCGUCCAGCACGGGUGAGUCAAUAGAGGCUACCGGAAAGGAUUCAGAGUUCCGACCGCAGAAGUUUGUUCUCCUGGAGGCCCUAUCCGCCACCGGGCUUCGUUCUAUACGCUAUGCUAAAGAAAUCCCCUUAGUGAAAUAUGUCAUAGCAAACGACUUGUCUUCCUCCGCAACCGCUGCGAUGAAAAGGAACGUGGACUUGAACGGACUGGGCGGUGAAGAGGGUGCAGUUCUCGACUCGGCCGAGGGAAGUGCUAAACCGAAGCUGGGGAAAGUGAGAAUUAACGAAGGGGAUGCCCGUGCAUUGAUGUACUCACACACACUGGACCGUAACCGUGUCGAUGUCGUGGACUUAGAUCCGUACGGGACAGCUGCACCUUUCAUUGACUCUGCCGUCCAGUGCGUGAACGACGGAGGUCUUCUGUGUGUUACCUGCACAGAUCUGUCUGUCUUAGCGACAAAUAAUUAUCCCGAAAAAUGCUAUUCCAAUUAUGGUGGCAUACCUGUGAAGGCUGAAUACUGCCAUGAAGUGGCUCUUCGAUUGGUCCUCAAUUCAAUAUCAGUCUCUGCUGCUCGCUAUGGCCGUUUCAUCGAACCGUUGUUGUCCCUUUCCAUCGACUUUUAUGUUCGCAUCUUCGUCCGAAUCCAAACCGCUCCCGUUGAGGUCAAGAAGGCUGCGAGCAAAACGUCCAUAUUUUAUGUCUGCUCUACAUGUCAGUCGUCUUACGGGCAACCAUUGAGCAAGGUGAUAGAAAGAGAGUCCAAGAACGGCACGACGAAUCCUGUCUUCAAGACCCACACUGGCCCAACGGUCUCGGAAAAAUGUCCUGAAUGUGGAUCUGCCAUGCAUCUAGCGGGCCCGAUGUGGAACGGCCCCAUCCAGGAUCCUGAGUUUGUUGGAAAGGUCCUGCAACAUGUCGAGAGUAACGAGGACAAGUAUGGCACGGUUGCCCGCAUGAAGGGAAUGCUCACGGUGGCCAAGGAGGAACUGAACGUACCGUUUUUCUUCACGCCGACACGGGUGUCAAGUUUCUUCCACUGCAAUUGCCCUUCCUUGGACGACGUGACAUCUGCGCUCCUGAAUGCAGGUCACCAAGUCUCUCGCUCGCACGCAUGCCCAGGCUCCAUCAAGACCACCGCCUCCCGGCGCGAGCUCUUCGACAUCUUCCUUUCCUGGGUCAAGUUGCAUCCCGUGAAGAUGGAAAAAAUAGCGGAGAACUCGCCCUCCCGAGUCCUUCUCGCGCGCGAACCUGCACAAGUGGCGGACUUCAAACGCCAUCCAAAAACGCACUCCGCUUCUUCAAAGGUCAAACUCGUACGCUACCAGGUGAACCCCACGCCGAACUGGGGCCCAGGCGCAAAAGCCGACGCCGGCACUCACAACAGCAAGAGGAAGCGGGACGCAGACGAGUAGUAGCAGUAGCAGUAGCAGUACGUAGCCUGACCCCAUACGUUCAUGCCUGUUGUUGCGACUCGAAUUUUCGUGUCUUGAAGAAACGUCGGUAUCGC